CAGUGACAGCCCUGACCUGGCUACGCUUUGCGUCGCUCUGUCAGGCGCAGUCGCCUCCUCCUUGGCAAAUAGUCCUCGGCAGGGUCGGAGUUCUUGGGUCAUCCGAAGAGGGAAAUACGAGAAGUUGGCAGUCAGGGGGAUGCGGCAUCGACCCGGAAGAGGGAGAUAGGGCCCGGACGUUUCGUCGAUAGUGUGUGAAGUUAGUUAAAGACUCCUUCCUGCCUGAGGAUCCCUCCGCCUGCAGUAGCGGUGGUGAGGCCGAGGGAGCCGCCAUUUUGGAUGUUCGGUUCCUGCUGCCACUGCCGCCGCCGCCCCCGAAGCUGCUGCUUUCAUUCGAGGUUUCGGGCCGAUGAGGAAACUGAAGAUGUGAGAGUUUAAGUCAUUUACUCAAGGACACACAGCUAAUAAGUGGUGGAGCUAGGAUUCAAGCUCAGAGAAUGCCAGCCCCCAUCAGAUUGCGGGAGCUGAUCCGGACUAUCCGGACAGCCCGAACCCAAGCCGAAGAGCGAGAAAUGAUCCAGAAAGAAUGUGCUGCAAUCCGGUCAUCGUUUAGAGAAGAAGACAAUACAUAUCGGUGUCGGAAUGUGGCAAAAUUACUGUAUAUGCACAUGCUGGGCUAUCCUGCUCACUUUGGACAGUUGGAGUGCCUCAAGCUUAUUGCCUCACAAAAAUUUACAGACAAACGAAUUGGGUAUUUAGGAGCAAUGCUGCUAUUGGAUGAAAGACAAGAUGUCCAUCUUCUCAUGACCAACUGCAUCAAGAAUGAUCUCAAUCAUAGCACCCAGUUUGUACAGGGGCUAGCUCUGUGUACCCUGGGCUGUAUGGGUUCCUCUGAGAUGUGCCGAGAUCUGGCAGGAGAAGUAGAGAAGCUUCUGAAAACCUCCAACUCUUACUUAAGGAAAAAGGCAGCACUAUGUGCUGUUCAUGUCAUCAGGAAGGUUCCUGAACUUAUGGAGAUGUUUUUACCAGCAACAAAAAAUUUAUUGAAUGAGAAGAACCAUGGUGUCCUUCAUACUUCUGUAGUCCUCCUCACAGAAAUGUGUGAGCGGAGCCCAGACAUGCUAGCACAUUUCAGAAAGAAUGAAAAGCUUGUGCCCCAGUUAGUUCGUAUUCUAAAGAACCUCAUCAUGUCCGGAUAUUCCCCAGAACAUGAUGUUUCUGGUAUCAGUGACCCCUUUUUGCAGGUACGAAUUUUACGGUUAUUAAGAAUUUUAGGACGAAAUGAUGAUGACUCAAGUGAAGCAAUGAAUGAUAUAUUAGCACAGGUUGCCACUAAUACAGAGACUAGUAAAAAUGUAGGAAAUGCUAUUCUUUAUGAAACGGUUUUGACUAUCAUGGAUAUUAAAUCAGAGAGUGGACUGCGAGUUCUAGCCAUAAAUAUUUUGGGUCGUUUUUUAUUGAACAAUGACAAAAAUAUUAGGUAUGUAGCUCUGACUUCUUUGUUGAAGACUGUGCAAACAGAUCAUAAUGCAGUGCAGAGGCACAGAAGCACAAUCGUGGACUGUUUGAAAGAUCUGGAUGUCUCCAUAAAACGACGUGCAAUGGAAUUGAGUUUUGCACUGGUAAAUGGGAAUAAUAUCCGAGGCAUGAUGAAGGAGUUACUUUAUUUUCUGGAUUCGUGUGAGCCAGAAUUUAAAGCAGACUGUGCAUCUGGAAUAUUUCUUGCUGCAGAAAAGUAUGCACCUUCCAAACGGUGGCAUAUAGACACAAUUAUGCGUGUCCUGACAACGGCAGGAAGUUAUGUUCGUGAUGAUGCAGUUCCCAAUUUGAUUCAGUUAAUAACCAACAGUGUGGAAAUGCACGCCUACACUGUCCAGCGCUUAUACAAAGCAAUUCUUGGUGAUUACUCUCAACAACCCUUGGUACAAGUGGCUGCAUGGUGUAUAGGUGAAUAUGGUGAUCUUCUUGUGUCUGGUCAGUGUGAAGAGGAAGAGCCUAUUCAGGUAACUGAGGAUGAAGUGCUGGAUAUUUUAGAAAGUGUCCUAAUCUCAAAUAUGUCCACCUCUGUGACACGAGGUUAUGCCCUCACUGCCAUUAUGAAGCUUUCUACUCGAUUCACCUGUACUGUAAACCGAAUUAAGAAAGUGGUUUCUAUCUAUGGAAGCAGCAUUGAUGUAGAGCUCCAGCAGAGGGCAGUAGAAUAUAAUGCACUUUUUAAGAAGUAUGACCACAUGAGGUCUGCCCUACUUGAGAGAAUGCCUGUCAUGGAAAAAGUAACCACAAAUGGCCCUACUGAGAUUGUGCAGACAAAUGGAGAGACAGAACCAGCUCCAUUAGAGACUAAACCACCACCUUCUGGGCCACAGCCCACUAGCCAGGCUAAUGAUUUAUUGGAUUUAUUGGGAGGAAAUGAUAUAACGCCUGUUAUUCCAACUGCUCCUACAAGCAAACCUGCUUCUGCUGGUGGAGAACUUCUUGAUUUGCUGGGAGACAUCACCCUUACAGGUGCUCCAGCUGCUGCUCCUACCCCUUCCUCAGUGCCACAGAUAUCCCAGCCCCCUUUUUUGUUAGAUGGGCUUUCAUCACAGCCACUCUUCAAUGACAUCGCUCCAGGUAUCCCCUCCAUCACAGCAUACAGUAAGAAUGGCUUGAAGAUAGAAUUCACCUUUGAACGGUCAAACACCAACCCUAGUGUAACAGUGAUAACGAUACAAGCCUCUAAUAGUACAGAGCUAGACAUGACGGACUUUGUUUUCCAGGCUGCAGUACCAAAGACUUUCCAGCUGCAGCUUCUGUCUCCUAGCAGCAGCGUUGUUCCAGCAUUUAAUACGGGGACUAUCACACAAGUCAUUAAAGUUCUGAACCCACAGAAGCAACAGCUGCGAAUGCGGAUCAAGCUCACAUAUAAUCACAAGGGCUCAGCAAUGCAAGAUCUAGCAGAGGUGAACAACUUUCCCCCUCAGUCCUGGCAAUGAGGGUCCAGCACCAUUCUCAUUCUUAUCCCACUCAAUCAAAGGAACUCUGGGAAGGAGGUUGUGAUUGCUGGCAAGUCCCCCCAACUGUACCAUGGGCAUGAAGAGCUGAAGAGAACUGUUGAGGAGGAUUUUCCUGAAGUUAUUGCUGACCUUGAAGCAUCGUUAAAGACUAAUGUCCUCUCCUUCGUUGUUGAGCCUGGCUGCUUCUGGAGGCUACUUUGCACUCUUCCUCCUCUUCUCCCUUUUCCGCACUUCAUCCCUCCCAUGUUUGCAGCCAGAAUCAACAUUCCCUGGGCCCCUGAGGCAGUAGCAGCUGUUCUGGAGGAGAGGACUAGAAUUCUUGGCAAGAAAACACUCAUUCUGUCUCUGCAGCCAAGAGUGGCCCCUUCUUUCUACUGUUGUAUAUCUGUGGACUGGGCAAGGUGGGGUAUUUAUUCCUCACCAGCUGGGUUACCAUCUUAAGGCGCCUUUUAUAUCUGGCAUUUGGAAUGGAAAUGUAACAAUGGACAUUAGGAAGCCCUGCCUUUUUCUGCUGGUUCUACCAAUGUUUGAAAGAGGCGUUAAGCUCCUGGUAGCCUUUUCUGUGCAUUGCUGUAUACACACAGACACACAUAUGUAUGUAUGUUUGUUAUCAAAAACUGGUUAGACCUUGAGAGGUUAUUUGUAAACACUGGACAGAUACAGUUAAUAAGAACUUUUGUUGAGAUUUGGCAUGAAGGAUAUGGUGCUCUAUUUGUAAUAGAAACUUCCAAGGCUCUUCCAGCUCCCCUUCUCUCCAUCCUUUAGCUGUAGUCAUGAAUUCUGAUUUUCAAAGUCAAUUUCCCUUAAAGUGCAAAGUGGACACCUUCUAAAAGAUACAUUACAUCAUUACUAGUUAUUAAUGACCCUAUUCCCACUACAAAUUUGAAAGUUUCUCCCAAGCCUGUCACUCACUAUUUGCACUGUGGUAAAUGAAUGAGGUGGAAAGAUGAAUUCACUAUUUCAAGAAGCAGACUCCUUAGCAAAAUACCUAUGCCCCUAGGAAGACAGCAUCAGAUUCAUCCUGGAGCAUAUUGGAGUCAUUUUUUCCAUUACUCCAAACUUCAUUUUUUAGUUCCUGAGCCUGGCUUGGACCUUGGCAUUCCGUUUGAAUUCCUUCUUCUAACUGGAAUAUUUGUGUUGUAUCUGUAACACUGGCACUGAAAUAAAGACCACACGGUUAAAGAAGUCUUUCCUAUAUUGUACUUUAUGGUGUUGAAAUGAAGCCUUGUAGCUUCCUUGUCCCUUAUGUUAGAGGAAGUCUUAUGGUCACCAUAGAGUAGGGAUAUCCUUUAUUGAGUCUGAGAAACUGGUCUUUUGAAAGGAAUCAAUCUCAUGAAUAUCUGCAUUAAAGAUUUGAGCUUUUAAACUAGUGAGAGUGCCGAGUGCUUUUUAGAAAGGACCCUUGCGUUACCAAACCUUAACAUUGAGUUGCUGGAAUGAGGUGAAGGUGACUGUUCUGUGGUACAUGUUGAAUGUACUAUGUACGUUCAAGUAUACAGGCACCAUGUCUAAUAUACUGCAGAAGAAAGAAAAAGUGGGGCCCACCUUGCUUUUAAAAUGUUUGCAAUUGUUACUGUAUUGUACAGUAUAAUGACUACUUUGGCUUCAGUUUUAAACCUUGAUACAAAUAUCCUUUACUCCCUGCUCCAUUUCACCAUGCCUUUACUUAAAAUCUUCAGUGUCUUGUCAAACCUAGCUCUGUAUCAGAUGCUAGACUAUUCCUAACAUUUGGCAAACUGGAGUUAAACUAAAGGCUCCAAAAGGGAAAGUUUCUGGUCUUAAUGGUCUUUUAAGAGCAAGAUUUCCUGAAACUUACUCUGCUGAGUAAAUGAUUGGUUGGGUUAAGAGCAGGAUAUUAUCUCCUGUUUUCAACAAAGUAAGUGUGGACUAGUGCAUACUUCAGACAACUGCUUUACCUGUGCAAUGAAAAACAUCCUUUAAAAGUUUCUUGCAGACUGAUUUCAUUGGAUAGAUAUUUAAUGCUGUGAAACAUGAUAGGUUUAAUGUUAUGUUGGUGGAUUUCUUGAAUAGAAUUUGUCUUAACAUUCCUUUUUGUGUGGAGGCUUUAUUUUCUCCCUUACAUUUGUAGGUAACCAGCUCAGUUUUUUGUUUUGUUUUUUUUUUUUAACUGAGUUGAAUCUGAAGAAAUUUGCUCAAGACCAAGCCAAAAGACAGUGCUAGCUGAUGGAGCUGGAAAAGAUCUCUGCUGACAAAGCCUCCACACGGGUGAUCUGAGUUUUGAGGUAGAGUUUAUGAUCAUCCAUGGCUGUAUUGAGAAGGAAUAAAAUAUCAUGGCCUUAACACAAAGGGUGCUGUGUAGAGUAUGGAUUGACUCCAGAGACUAAAGGACUAGCAGCCAGGUAACUAACUGCCUAGGAUACUGAUGGUUGUGAAGACAGUUUCAAAUACAUGGAUCUUUGAAAGCUUCAGCGUGCCUUAGUUUCUAGGAUCAGCAUUAGUUCUCCACUUACUUCGCCUUGCAGCUAAAAGGUGACAUCUCAUUUUUGUGAAUACUUGCACAUUUCAGUGAUUUCUUUUCCAAGUGUAACCAUUCAAGGGAGAGCAAAUUUGGAAGGAUUGUGCAAUUCCAGAGCCAAUGUGAAGAAAGUAUUUUCUGUGGCCAUUAAAUAACCCCAGGGUGAUAAACAGUGAGCCUCACUUACUUGGACAAUUUCACAUGUGCUUGUACCUCCUCUUUGAGAGUAGCUUUGAUCCCAUCCUUCUCUGCCUUCCCAAAGUCAUCCUAAGGGAGAAUUCAUUUAAGUAAUUUCAGAAAUUUGUAGGGGGUUCUGCCUGAGAAGCUUCUCCCACAAUGCUUUGGUGCUGUUACCUUGAGAUGGUUUAGAUUGUCAUGGAAGUUUUCUGCUUAUUAUAUAGUGCUCAUUUGUUAAUUUUAAGGUCUUUUUCACUUAAAGAAACAUUCCUCAGUGUAACAUUUCAGAGAUUCCUUCCUCUUCCUCUAUUACAAGAUGUUUGUAACAACUUCCUGUCUCUCUCAUAUAUGAAAAUAGUUUUAAAACUGUCCAGCACUAAUAUUUCCAUCUAAUACAUAACAUGCUUUCUAUGUCCUAGAAGUUGAAAGUUAGGGCAUACUGCUGUUGAGGUUCAAUAUUUUUAUUUUUUACAUUGAAAUGUUUGGGCCAUGAGAACUAGAGGAAAGAGUUUGAAUGUGUUUUUUUUUUUUCUUCUAGUGAAUGUAUUUUAACUACAGUGUCCUAAACUGAGAGUUAACAGAAAGUGCAUAUUUACAAACUUUAUGGUUGGGAGGGUUGUAUAUGUCCCUGUGUUUGGUUUGGACGUGGGGAGGAUCAUUGAAGAGAAAAUUGCUCAGAAAGUUCUGAUGUUUAAAACACUUUUGACUAGCUUUGGCUCAGGAGGGUGGGGCUGCUGGUCGAACUGGAAAUGAACUCUUUUUCAAGCAAUAGCAGUGCGUGGGUCCCUUGGAGAAGGUUCCAUUCCCAGAUCCUGGAACACUUACACAGAAGAAAAUGCUGACGCAGCCUGAAGCAGCUUGAGUGGUUGCUUCAUGAACUUGUACAAGGCUAAUUCUGGCUUCAAGAUGGAGCAUUCAAGAUUUUUUAAAAAGAGAGCCUGCAUUUGUGCUUUGUGUGUCUUGUUUUUGUUUUUAUUUAGGGUCCUCAUGGGAAAGAGCUUCUGACUCUUUCCUUUGUGAACUUCCACCGUGUUCCUGUAAAGUCCUUUUUCUUUCACAAUGUUGUAAGUUACAUUUUCAUUAAGCCCCAUCACAUCUUCUUUACUGUAAAAUUAUCAAAAGGUUGUUUCCAAGUGGGACAGCUUAUGAAGUUCUAAUUAUUGCAGACAUAUUUUUGAGAUGUAAAAAUUAAAAUGAAAUGAUAAGUCUUAGAGGCGAGUGAGGAAUAAAAUGGAUGUAAACAUUUACAUGGGAUGCAUUAGAACUCUGCUGUGUGUAUUGUCUUUUGGUUGAAACAAAUUAUGAACAGUGACUAAUAAUAAAAAAGUCAAUACUCAAUGAUUUAAAA